AUGAGAGUCUCCGCUGUCGUUUCGGUGCUCUGCACUAUUGCCGCCACCAUCCUUUCUUUCCUUUGUCUCUUCGCUGGUUGGAAACCAGAUUUCCUCGAGGAUGCCAGCAUCAUGACGCUGGAUAUUUCAAAGCUUCUCCGGAGUGAAAAUGGUACGAACACUAUUGUCAGUUACAAGAACACAGACGCCAGCUCUGGUAGUGCUUCGGCGACCACAGGCGAUCAUGCGUGGUAUAGCGUCCACGUGAUGAAUUACUGCGAAGGCAACUUCGAGUCUGACGGCUCGAAAACCCUCAUUAGCUGUUCCACGGGAAUGGCCUUCUUUUCGUUUGAUCCAAUAGAGGUGCUCAAAGCGCAAUCUGAGGGCCCUAUCGCCGUAUCCUUCAAAGGCGAUAUUACCACAGUUGGUAGUAAGAUGAAGGACGCCUACAAGGCCACGUUUUUCCUGCUUUGCAUGGGACUUGCCGCAGCAGCAAUUGAGGUAGUUCUGAGCAUCGUGGCGGUAAUCAUGGACUUGCGCCGGCCAAUCCAUGGAACUACUAUCUCUUUCAUCAACCUUGGCCUUGCAACCACUGCUUUCCUCGGCCUGGGACUCGCCUCGGGAAUCAUUACCGGUGUGAUGAUCGAAGCUGUCAAGAAAAUCAACCAAUCUAGAGCAGAGACUGGUCUUGUAGCAGCCAAAGGCGACAAGUUCCUGGCAAUGGCGUGGGCAGCAACCGGUCUGAUGUUACUUGCGACGUGCCUGUGGCUCGUGGACUACUCUGUCGAGCGCAGCAUUGCCAGGGCUGAAAUCGAGGACAUGUACGCCAACCGUGCCAUGGAGCGGAACAUGCGGCUCAGGAGACGGACCUUGGAGAUGGGCCAAUUUGACGUCGAACAAGACCCUGUAGCACAUCCGACCAAAGUCCAAGCGGUCCAUCAUUAUCCGCAUCGGCUUGACACAUGCGAGCACAACCACGGGGAUAUGAUUUCGGGAGUCAGUCGAGCUGCUGAUGUAAGUCUGCAACCUGCUCCAGCAAAUUAA